AUGCAUUCCUCAAAUCCUUUUCCACAGCUUCCCUCAUCCACCGUUGGCUUCUCUCAUCCCAAUUCUUUCUUUUACCAUGAAAAAGAUGAUGUUCAGUAUAACUACCACCGGAAGAACGACGACCCAUUUAUCUCCGGCGAAUUUCUUUUUCAUCCCUACAACAGUUCUACUCCUCCCGCAGUUAUCGAGAAUGUUACUACAAUCAAACAAGAUUUCGUUAGGCAACAGCAGUUUUCUGAAGGAUCAGGGUUGCAGUGUUCUGAAGAUCAUGAUCUUUUAGAUUCAGUAAUUUCUCCGUACAACAAGAGAUUAGCGACCUCGAAGAGAGAUGGACAUAGUAAGAUCUACACAGCUCGAGGCCCAAGGGAUCGAAGGGUGAGAUUAUCCAUUGAGAUCUCACGAAAGUUCUUCUGUCUUCAAGACUUGCUAGGGUUUGACAAACCAAGCCAGACCCUUGAUUGGCUGUUUUCCAAAUCCCUCACAGCCAUUAACGAGUUGGUUGAAGAAACGAGCUGCUCAUCUUCAACAGUCACUGAUCAAUCCAAACUUACAUUUCUGGAAACCAUUAAUGGCGGAUCGGAAAAGAAACCAGUACUACCCAAGUGUGUUAGCAUCAAAAAGAAGAAAACGACACGUCGAUGCAAUAAAUCUGGAUUUCAGGAAGAUCUUGCUAGAGACCAAUGUAGGACAGAAGCAAGAGCAAGAGCUAGAGAAAGAACAAGAGAAAAACUGCUUGUUAAAAAGCUUGAUGAUGACUUAAAGACAUUAUUUCCUGAUUGUUGUGAUUCAGGUAACUUUUGGAGUCAAACUGAACCCAAAAAUGAGUAUAAAGACAUAUGCAGGGAGUGUAUAAUGGAUCAAGAACCUUCGAUGCAAUCUAAAACAUUCAACCUUUCAAAUUAA